UCACGUGAUGAGCGGUUGAGCGUUCCGUGCAGUGAUUUAAGUAACAUGCACAGUCGCUCCCAGACACUGAGUAGGCUUGAGACGCACUUCGUCUUGUGACUGCAUCAGAGCAGAGAGCGGACAAAUAGAGAAGCUGCUCAUAACGUCUGCCGGUGGUCCACGAGGAGGAUGUGAGUGAGCAUCGAUGCUUCCCCCCGGUUAGCCUUCGCCCAUCGGCCCGGCCUGCUCUCUCCACCGGGCCUUCUCCAUCCAGCUCUGAGAUAAUGAAAGGAUGGCCGAGCACGGAGGCGGGCUGCAUGGAGGACUGACGGAUGCUGCGAGCCAGCUCGAUGAGCAUCAGCACCACGCCACGAUGGCUUCCGCGGAGGACGCUCGGUCGGAUGAGCUGUCUUUAGAGGAAAUCUUGGGGCUUUACAACCAGCCCAUUAACGAAGAACAAGCUUGGGCCGUGUGUUACCAGUGUUGUUUGAUGCUGCUGAAAGAACAGCGGGGAGGGAGAUGCUCCGCUGCCGCCGAAGUGACCACGGCGGCGGCCACUGCGAGGAUAUCCGGACCGGGGGAUGUUAACAUUUCAAAGGACGGAUCAGUAAGAUUGCACAAACAACGCUGUGAAGGUAAAUACAACCCGAGCACACAGAUAGAGGUAAUUGAGUCUCUGGGCAUCAUGAUCUACAAGGCUCUGGACUAUGGGCUGAAAGAGAAUGAAGAGAGGGAGCUCAGUCCUCCUCUGGAGCAGCUCAUUGACAUGAUGACCAACAUAGCUGAGGAUGAAAGGGACGCCUGCCCCGAUGAAGGCUAUGAGGCAACUGAGGAAGAAGACGACGACCCUGACAACAUUUCUAGUGGUCAUUGCUACAAAAAUAUCCUAAAGUUGUGCACGGAUCACCUACCCAGUCAGUCAGAUGCAGCUAGUCACUACCAGGCAGUAUGCCGGGCUUUAUACACCGAGACCAGGGAACUGCGGACAUUCCUGGACAAGAUCAAGAGUGCCAAAGAGAAUCUUCGUAAGAUGGAAGAGUCAUCAGAAGAUCCCAGAAAAGACCUGGAUGAGUUACAAAAUGCUGAUUGGGCUCGAUUCUGGGUUCAGGUGAUGAGAGACCUUCGAGAAGGAGUCAAGCUGAAAAAGGUACAGGAACGUCAGUAUGACCCGCUGCCCACUGAGUACCAGCUUACACCAUACGAAAUGCUCAUGGACGACAUCAGGUCCAAACGCUACAAACUACGCAAAGUCAUGGUUAAUGGAGACAUCCCACCCAGACUCAAGAAGAGUGCUCAUGAAGCCAUACUGGAGUUUAUUAGAUCCAGACCACCCCUCAACCCGGUCUCUGCACGUAAACUAAAGCCACCGACUCAGCCUCCUCCAACCCUGCAUGAGAGGAUCCUUGAGGGAAUUAAAUCUGAGAGGAAACUCCGACCCGUGACUCCAGAUAUGGUCCGCAGGGGACGGCUGGUAAUUCGACCUCUUAGCAUGUCUUUCAGUUUUGAUGCGUCAGGUUUUGGCAAAACUCGCAGUAUGCCACAGGACUUGUUCCGUACAGGACUAGAUGAAUUUAGUCCGUACAUGGGCAGAAGGACGUCCAGCACUCUGUCUUUGAACAUUGAAGCGGUACCUCCUAUAUCAGAACCCUGUGGAUCUCAGUCUGUUCCCCAGAAGAAGAAGCUUCUGAAGGCUCCGAGCCUGGCCGAACUUGACACCUCCGACUCUGACGAUGAGUUUUUAGGGCACAAAUCCACAAGUACGUCAAGUGUUGCAACAUCUUUAAUGGAUGACACUUCUCCAGAGGCAGCACUGGGAAAGAAAACUCCACCACAGUUCCUGCCUAUCUCAUCUACACCACAGCCAGAGAGGCGGCAGACCCCACAGAGGAGACACUCCAUCGAGAAGGAAAAGCCAACCAAUGUUCGACUGUUUCAGCCUCCGUUGAAACAGAAUUCUAAAUCCCUGGAGGAGUUUUGUUUCCCUGUAGAGUGUCUGUCUCUGACAGUUGAGGAGGUGAUGCACAUCAGACAGGUGUUGGUAAAAGCAGAGCUUGAGAAAUUUCAACAGUAUAAAGAAGUCUACACUGCAAUGAAGAAAGGGAAGCUUUGCUUCUGUUGUCGGACCAAAAGAUUUUCUUUUUUCACCUGGUCCUACAUCUGCCAAUUUUGCAAAAAGCCUGUGUGUUCACAGUGUUGCAAAAAGAUGAGAUUGCCAUCCAAACCUUAUUCCAGUCUUCCCAUCUACUCCAUUGGUUCGACUAACACACUACCACGGGAGAGGAUAAGUGGCAUGGCAUCAGUAGGACUGUCAGUGGCUGAAGGCCCACCGCUCACUUCAACUGUGGUAGGAGCAUCAGCAGCUGGCUCAUCCAAAUCGGGAGGCAAAAGAGCUGGAAAGGCUUCUGGAGCAGUCAAAUCUGACAAGGCCUCCAGUGGUCAUAGACGGCCGAGCAUCCACAAGACCAUGUCGAAGCUAUCCAAACACGGCUCCCUGAAGUCUCACGAAGAGCUUGAGCUACCAUCAGAGCUGACUGAAGACUGGGCCACCAUGGAGGUGUGUGUUGACUGCAAGAAGUUCAUCACUGACAUCAUCGCCUCCAGCAAGCACAGCCUGUCCCUGGCCACCAAAAGAGCGCGCUUAAAACGCAAAACGCAGUCCCUGUACGCAUCUUCACCGAAAGGAAGGGAGGAGUACCGACCCUCUGAGCGAACCAUCAGCGAGAUCUGAACAUUCUCCCUCUAGCUACAUCCAGCUGUCGUCAAAAACAAGAAAACAGUGGUGGAUAGGUUUUGCUGCUGUACCAUCGUCAUCGUGUUCAGCCCUUCCAGAUGACUGUCAACUGUAGAUCUACAAUCAUUUUGAUUAUAUUGUGGGUGACCCUUUAAUUUCCACUCAAGGACUUUAGGGAGGAGAAAGGAAAGAAACACGUGGACAUUUAUGAAAGGGGAAAAUGGUCCUCCUCCAAGCUCAAUUUGAGAUAAGCACAAGAUUGGAGAAAGUGUAGUGGAUACGGGCCUGCACAAAUGUCAUGGGGGUAAAGCCAGAGUGAAAUAAUGCAUUUUCUAUGAGUUUCAAUUUACUUUUGUACUAAUUUGCCUGUACAGUACACUAAACAUUUUUUUAAAUGAUGUUUCAAAUAUCGCUAGGAGAAUAUUGACCCAAUUCCGAAUCGCUUGUUACAUUCAUUCAUUUAUUUGCGGACAUGUAUUCUUGUGGAAUUUCAGUGCCAUAAGUAGUGUUGCACUGAUACAGCAUUAAAAUGCAGGCAUCAGAAUCAGGUAGUACUAAGCAAAUGCUACGCAAAAAGUACUAUUCGAGAUUUACUUUCCAACCGUCGGUUGCCCUUGCCAAGAUGGCCUCCAGUUACAAACGCCACUUUAAAAGAAGCAACGCAUGUCGCCCCAAGAUGGCCACAGAUUACGAAUCCCAUCGGAAAAAAAGUAUGAUUUACGAGCCUAUCAGAGUUUUAUUCUGGUAAUUGCUGUUCAAUAUGCUCAUUUAGCAGUCAUAUUUUCAAUUAUGGACCUAUACUUUAAAUGGCGGAUAAAUUUUCGUGUUAAACGGUUAUUACAAGCCAGGAUUUGUUUGUUUUAUAAGCAUUGACAUUGACUUCAGCAUCUAUAAAGAUGUUAGCUUUGUUAGGAGGGAAAAUCGGAAGAAGUCGGCUUGCGAACUUGUGUGCUCAACUAGCAUAAAUGAUUAGCACAUAAGCUAAGCUAAUGUACUAAUGUGGUAUAAUGGCACGGGCUGUGGACUUCAAGUGAGUAUCGGCGUGAAACCAAAUUGAACAAACAUUAAAAAAAAAAAAAAAAAAACUAAACAUUUUGGCCUUUGAGAGCAUUUCACAUUUUAGAAUUUAGCUUUAGAGGAGUUUAUUAAUUUUUUGUGACCCAUACAAGGUAGGUACCAAAAUAUUACGGUUUCACGGUAUCACGGUAUUGCUGUAAAAUGUGUUACUUUGAGAUAUCUGGGUUUAAAAAAAAAAGCAAACUUUUUCCAUUGAACAUGAUUUUUAUUUUUCAAAACAUAUUAGCAAAUUGGAACAUAAGUGUAAUGUUAAGUUUAAAUAAAUUUUAAAAAUAAUAAAAUAUCCUAAAUAAAAUUAAAAUAAAUUCAGUCCUUUAGGUGAGCAUAAACCCACAGCCACAGCUCAAAAUUAUUACCAUCAUAACAAAAAUAAUUGAUUUAUUUUCCAUAAAAAGCAUGUGUGUACACACACACACUCUCUUUCUCAACAUAGACAGUUGCCAGAGAGAAAAAAAAAACAUGUUUUACCACCGCUAGACACACUAAACACUCUAGAGAUAACUCGUAGCUGAUGGGAAACAUUCAUGACAGUGUUUACCAACCAUUAAUUUUGUAUAAAUCCAAACUCAUAUUGGAGGUAUUGCAUUCUCGGCAGCCACCCUCCGCAAAAAUGUUUUACAUGUCGGUUGGCCCUCCUCCUCUAAGCCGCAGCCGUCUGUAACUUUUCUGCAGCCUAAGUGUUCCCAUACCAGCCAUUUCGUUUUCUAUGAUGGGGGGAAAAUUCAGGAGUUUCACCUCCUCCAGCCAUCGUGUAGCUCAGCUGACUCACUGACACUGAGCAAUAUAAUAAUGUAACAUAAAUAUACAUCUACAGCAAAAAAAUGGGUGGGGGAGGGUUGAGCUUUGCAGCUGCAAGUGAGGGGUUUCUCCCUGCAUUAUUGGGACCUAAAAAAUAGCUAAUACCUUAGGGACAGUAUGACAGAAAGUUUUGAAACCAUGACGAUUUCAUAUUACGGUAUACCUUGAAACAGGUAAUCGGCACGUGUCUAGUCUAAACCAUGAUAGCAAUUAUUUUACAUUCAAGUAAGUAUGCAGUCUUUAUUACGAAAUGGGAAGGAAAAUUGUAUGUUUUAAAAAAAAUGUGGUAGCCUAUUGGAAAUUAUAUCAGAUGCCAAAAAAUUGUAUUGGUGCAACACUAGCCAUAAAAUGACAUUCUGUAUGUUGUUUUCCAUUUGAGCCGCAAAAUUCAUUGUUGAGUUUUCAUAUCCUUACUCAUAUCUCCUCACAGAUAUUCAUAUUAGUUACCGUAUUUUUCGGACUAUAAGUCACACCUGAGUAUAUGUCGCACCGGCCAUAAAAUGACCAACGAAGAAAAAAAAACAUAUAUAGGUCGCGCCGGAGUAUAAGUUGCAUUUUUAGGGGAAAUUUACUUGAUAAAAUCCAACACGUAGAACAGAUAUGUCAUCUUGAAAGGCCAUUUAAAAUAAAAAUACAAUAGAGAACAACAUGCUGAAUAAGUGUACAGUAUGAUAAUGUUAUAUGAUGCAUGAACAACGAAAUGCAAACAUGGCUGUUAAGUUAAUAUAACAUAGCUAUUGCUGUUGCUAUUAUUCAGAUAACUAUAGCAUAAAGAACAUGCUAACAAGUUUACCAAACCAUCAGUGUCACUCCAAAACACCAAAAUAACAUGUGAAAUGAUAUAAUAAUGUGUUAAUAAUUUUACACAUAAGUCACUCCAGAGUAUAAGUUGCACUCCAAGCUAAACAAUGAAAAAAAAAAACUGCGACUUAUAGUCCGAAAAAUACGGUAAUAAAAAGGAAACAAAAAACAACUCUCCUUGAAAACUAAUUGUGAUAACUAUGUGAUCCAAUGAAACAACAUCCGCCAGUGUCUUUAUUUAAACGUUAUUGUGCAUUAAACAUUCAAAACUCAUCUGUUUUGAAUACAUCUAGUGUGAGAAGCACAAAUACAAUGAUUUUAUAGCUAUAAUAUAAGUAAAUGUGGUGAUACUCCGGUUGAGUAAUUGUUUUAAUGUUUUAUAAUGUGCAAUCUCAUGCACAUACAGAUACAUUAUUACCACUGAUGCAACUCUUCAUACUUGCCUUUCAAGCCUUUAUUUCAAAUUGCUUUAUUUUCACAUUUGACAGUAAUGUGUUAACUUUCUGCUUCUAUUGAGCACUAGCAAUACAUAAUCUAUACUGGGUUGACUGACUCAUUUUUUUACUACAUGAUUUGCGAUGCAGUUUGAAAAUUGUACUUUAGAUGAAAUGCCUGAUAUUCCAGUUUUUGCUCAGAUGUUUUGUUACAGUUAAACAGCCGGGACAUUGUAAAUAAACAGGCUCAAUGGUCUUGAUGUGAUGCCUUCAAUAAUGUUCCUUAGCCAUCCAGAAAUAAAGCGGUUGGAUAAAUUA